CAGGUUGUUCUGAUAAAAUAAUUUGAACUUUGGGAGCGGGAAUACCAGAUUUCGUCAACACUCAAUCUCCGGAAUUCAUUUUUGAUUUUUCUUGCCCAUACUGAAUGAGGGAUUGGAAAACUGUUCUUGGAACUCAUCUCCAUUUUCUGAUUUCCCCUCAGCUUAGAAUCAUCAAAACAUGGGUUUAAAAAGACUACCAUGUAAUUGAGUUGGUCGAUGAAGGCUCCUUCGGAAAGGUAUACAAAGGAAGGCGAAAGUUCACCGGACAGAUCGUCGCGAUGAAGUUCAUUGUGAAGCAAGGCAAGAGUGACAAAGACAUUCGUAACUUGAGACAGGAAAUUGAGAUUCUGAGGAAGCUGAAGCAUGAGAAUAUUAUUGAAAUGCUUGACUCCUUUGAAACUCCACAAGAAUUUUGUGUGGUCACAGAAUUUGCGCAGGGUGAACUAUUUGAGAUUAUUGAGGAUGAUAAGUGCCUUCCAGAAGAACAAGUUCAAGUGAUUGCUAAACAAUUGGUCAGGGCGCUCCAUUACCUGCAUUCCAACCGUAUCAUACAUUGUGACAUGAAGCCACAGAACAUCCUAAUUGGAGCUGGUUGUGUUGUUAAGCUUUGUGACUUUGGAUUUGCCUGUGCAAUGUCCGUAAAUACUGUUGUUUUGCGCUCCAUAAAAGAGCAGCCCUACAAUCACACUGCUGACCUAUGGUCUCUUGGAGUUAUACUGUAUGAAUUGUUUGUUGGGCAACCACCAUUUUACACAAAUUCAGUAUAUGCACUCAUCUGGCACAUUGUUAAGGAUCCAGUCAAAAACCCAGAUGAUAUGAGUCCAACUUUCAAGAGUUUUCUGAAGGGAUUGCUCAAUAAGGAGCCUCAAAAUCGAGUAACGUGGCCUGCACUUCUUGAACAUCCAUUUGGUAAAGAAACCUCAGAUGAGCUGCAAGCCCAGGAGAUGUGUCCUCCAAUUCCUACAACCAGAGGAUAUGAUGCUGCAUGGAAGGGAGUAGGCAAUGUCAUUCAAACUCCAAAUGGGAAUGGUAUUGCUCUAAGGGUUCAGAGUGAUUCUCAACUUAACAAUCUUAAUACUGUCCAGGGAAAUUCUUUACCAAAUGAGGAGUUUUCAGGGCUUUCAAGUCCUAACGAUCAUAAUCCAUCAGGUAACCAGUCUUUGGACCAAUUAGAAAAUAGUUCCCGAACUGUUAAAGAUGGUCAAAAGGAUCCCAAGAUUCUUGCAGAUAAAGUUAGGGAUCAAGAUAUCCUCAGUUCAAGCCAGUCACUGAGAAUUCUUGCAAACUUAGUUGCAGCUAGUGCUAUAUGUUCUGGUGGACUGCAUCAUGAAAUAAUGUGUGAACUUCUUGAUUUUACUUCUGUUAUAGUUGGCUUGAAAUUGUCUGCAGUUAAUGACUUGAUAGCAAAGAGUUUUUCAAUUAUUAAAAUGUUGACAGAGAACCGUGGUAGUGAUGUUGCAAAUUCAUAUUUGAAGCACUGGUUUGUCAUACUUGAUAUUUUCCCUCAGGUUGUUGGUGGGAAUGAAGAUGUCUCUAGGAAAGUUUUGUAUGAGUCUUGUUCUUGCCUCACAAUCGUUUUAUCUAGAGUAGCUCAAGAUCUUAAAAAAUGUAACCCAACUCUGAUUUCAGAGGCAGCUCCUUCGCCCCCUGUGGUGAAUGAAUCACUGAAACAAAUUUUGGACCAUGCUAUAGCAUCCUGCUUGGUAGAUAAUUUAUGUCUAUGUUUAGCAACUUCAGGUUCAAGUCUCAAUUCAGGUUCUUCAAAUGUGCUGCGUACUGCUGUGAAGCAUGCAAGGCUAUCUGGUCAUUGAUAGAUGCUUUGGAAAUUCUUUACGUGAAAGAAAAUGCUAUCUUAUUUCCUUUGGAUGCUUUCUGGAGUCAUUUCUUGGCCCGACUUGACAUCAGGGAUCAUGACAGAGUUCCACUGGCUGGGACAGAAUCAGCAAAAGUUGUUGAUGUUGUGACUAGGGCAUUUCUUAGAUCAAAAGCCAUUCAGUUUGCCAUUAGCUAUUGCCUUCAUCAACGUGUAGAGUCUGCAUUAUCUGCCAUUGUUCAGGUGUAGCUUCCUGAUUUCUGAAAUUUUUUCUUUAUUGAUUGAUUUGAGAAAUAAGAAUAAUUAAUAAUU